GGACAUUCCAGCAGGGGAGUGAGAGGGGGCGUGUCCACCUGGUGUGCAGGUGUAUAAAUGCAUGAGAGGUGAGAGCAGAGUGACACAGCAGGUCCCACAGCAGCAGCAGACGGAGCCCACACAAAGGUACCAGUGAUACCAGAGAGAGCUAGCAAGCAUGAUCAAAGGACUAUUGUCAGUACUGUUGGUCCUCGUGGCCGUCUCCUCUUCUCUGGGAAAGCCGGAGAAGAACAUCGCCAAGAGAGGGAAGAGGAUCCCCCAGACUCUCUCCAGAGGAUGGGGUGACCAGCUCAUCUGGGCUCAGACAUAUGAGGAAGGCCUCUACUGGGCCAGGAUGCAGAACAAGCCUCUCAUGGUCAUCUUUCAUCUAGAGGACUGCCCCCACAGUCUCGCUAUGAAGAAAUCCUUCGCCGAGGACAAGGACAUCCAAAAGGUUGCUGAUGAGGACCUCAUCGUCCUCAAUCUUGUGUAUGAAACCACCGACAAGCAUCUCUCCCCAGACGGGCAGUACGUACCCAGAAUCAUCUUUGUCGAUCCUUCCAUGACAGUGAGAGCUGACAUCACGGGACGUUACUCCAACCGCAUGUAUGCCUAUGAGCCAUCUGACAUCAAACUCUUGCUGUCCAACAUGGACAAGGCCAAGAAGCUUCUGAAGACUGAGCUGUAAGCUCGGUGACACGACUGGCAGCCGAUGAUGAAAAGAUCUCUUGUUCUACAGCUGAAGAGUUAACAUCCUGCUGUCAUCAUAAUCAUACCAAGCACUGGAGUGAAUGAAUCUCUACUUUACUUGGGAAAAAACAACACAAUUCUUCUCUUGUACUCUGUUACUUCUCGUUUCCUACCUGUAUUGUCUUUGUAAUGUAUUGCCGUACAUUUGACAUGUCUUUUUAAUAAAUUUUGUGCUGUUCAAUGCCCCAAACAA